GCAUAUGCAUGAGAAGGGGCGCGUCCGCUCAGCUGUUCGGGGCCCACCGGGGCGGGGGUUCGAUCGCCGGCUGACGCAAGGGCCAUCCAAUCCCGGGAUGGGGUGGGGGGAGUGAAGUCGUCCACCAGGGUGGGCGGAAGGGGAAAGAUCGCCAGGAUGGCGGCUUCGGUGGAUCUGAGUAAAGUCGGAGCCAACACCGUCAAGUAUGCCGCGAACGGCGAGAUGGUGGAGCUGAGGAGCUUCUGGAAGGACCAGCCCUGUGUGGUUUUGUUCCUGCGCCGCUUUGGCUGCCAAGUGUGCCGCUGGAUCGCAAAGGAAGCCAGCAAGCUGAAAGAACAGCUGGAGAGCCACGGAGUCCGCUUCGUUGGCAUUGCGCCAGAAAGUGUGGGUCUCAAGGACUUCUUGGAUGGCAACUACUUCAAAGGAGAACUCUACCUGGAUGAGACCAAACAGUGCUACAGCGAUCUUGGUUUCAAAAGGUAUAACGCCUUAAGCAUAGUUCCUGCUGCAUUGGGGAAGCCUGUUCGAGAAGUCGCCAGCAAGGCAAAUGCGGAGGGCAUUCACGGCAACUUCAGUGGGGAUCUUUUGCAGAGUGGUGGGAUGCUCAUUGUCAGUCAAGGUGGAGAGAAAGUCCUCUUGCAUUUCAUACAGGAGUCCCCCGGUGACUACGUCCCCUUGGACACCAUAAUCAAGACCCUUGGCAUCUCAGUCAGUGCAGAAGAGGGGGGGAAACCUCAGUGUAACGAAGAAGUCUGUACCACAUGAAGAAGGUACGAAGCCUUUCCAAGCUUUCUCCAACUUCCUUGUAGUCAAUAUAGCCUCUUUCCUAGUUCAAGAGUACCGUUUACGUAAAUCAGUGAAGCUGAAGCCACAAAUAUAAAUUAAUAAAAUGUUUACCUAUUGGUCA